AUGAUACGAGCUAGAAUAUUCUUACAGGAUUUGCGGAAACAGCAGUUGAAAUGGGAUGAUCUACUUUCAGUUCCUUUAUUAGAACAGUGGAAUGAGUUGUCCAAAGAGAAAAGUCUCAGUAUUUCCUUCUCCAGAAGCACUAAUCUGGAGAAAGCGGAUUAUCUCCACAUUUUCUGUGAUGCUAGCAUAACAGCUUAUGGUUGUGUGGCCUAUCGAGCAAGUGGUAAAACUUCGUCUCUGAUUAUUGCAAAGGGGAGAGUAGCACCCAUUAAAGAGUUGACUGUACCUAAAUUAGAAUUAAUGGCUUUGUUGUUAGGUGCAAGAUUGUGUGAAUUUAUAGUUGAAACUUUUGAAGAAAAUAAAUUUGAGAAAAUAAUAGUUUGGUCUGAGAGUAAAGUUGCCCUGGGAUGGUUAGUGACAAAGAAUAAUUUGCCAGUAUUUGUGAAAAAUAGAGUAAUGGAAAUUAACUCUAUAACCGCGGGGAUCGUCUUUUCUUACGUCCCAUCUUCAGAAAACCCUAGUGACUGGAUUACUAGAGGAAAAAGGACAGACAAAGUAAGAAAUAACUCCUUUUGGUGGGAGGGACCUCCCUGGUUAAAAUCAGAAAACCACACCUAUCCUAUUGACAGGACAUGGGUGAAAGAAGCACAAACACAGGAUGAAGUUAUUCAGGUCCAUCUUGUAGGGAACAGUGAAAAAACCCAUCUGCUGACCUGGGAAAGAUUUAGUAGAGUGGAUAAAUUUUGUAAAACUAUAGCUUGGAUAAUGCAAUUUAUUCACAAUUGCAAAUCAACUGGCCGUAGAAAAAUUGGAAGUUUAACGCUGGAAGAACUUCAACAAGCUAAAAAUAAAAUGAUUAUCCUCUUACAAAAGGAAUACUUUCCGGAAGAAUAUAAAGCUUUGGAAAAGGGGGAUAAAGUUUCAAAAUUGACCUUAUUAGCCUGA